AUGGGGCGGGAUGUGCACAGCUGGGACAUGGGGAAGAGCUGCAGUGGAGAGUGGGGUAUGGUGGAGAGCAAUCAGGGCCAGACUACGCUGGCGGGCCUGGAGGCCUUGGGAGUGCGGACUUUCUCCAAGAGUGGGGGUGCCAGGACAGGGUCCCAAGCAGGGGCCCAACGUGGCCCGGUUUGCUCUUCACUGGCAAGCUCCAUGGCCCUGGGUAAUGUGCUUCUCCUGUUUUUCUUCUCAUCGGUUCUGGGCCUCCGGGUAUUGGAACUUCUGUCUGUAAAGGAUGAAGACGACUUUGCUCACACUGCAGCGGGAUGGAGAAACGUGACCCAGCGGAGGGGCUUUCGGCUGCGGAGUGCGAGAGGUGACCCGAAGGGUGAAGGCAGGGCGAGCGCGGUCAGCGCCCCCGACUGGGCGGCCUCCCCGCCGGCCGAGCCACAGCACACUGAGCGCCGCAGUCUGGGGAGCCGGAAGCGCUGGCCGGGCGCAGGGCCAGCGACCGCCCCGGGUCUGCGCAGGCGCAGGUCGGGGAAGCCGCGCGCGGUCGGAUUUCUGCGGCCCGCGGCUGCCCUCUCGUGGCCACGAGGCGCCAUGGUACGGCUGCUUCCACGCAGCGGAGGGGCGCUGGCCCGGAGGCUGCGGGUCCAGACCGGCCAGCCAGGGAGGCCAGCCAAGCGCUGUGUUUUUCCAGGUCUGCGCGGGCCAGGGGAGCCCUACGUGUUUGCUUGGUGGGAGUGGUUUACUGGGAAAGUAGACGGAAGGUACCCUGCAAAUCGGCAUGCACUGUAUUGUUUGGGAGUCAACAGCCUGGAAAGCAAAUAUCAGCCGCUUUGGAAUGUGUUUCCUCUUGUCCGGGGUUUGAAGAUUAGUCAUGAAAAACAUCACUCUGCCCUUGCUGAAGUGCUUGCUGGCUACUCGAUCAUUCCACUUCUAUGUCCCAAGAAGGUCUGCUAAGGAGAUGGCUUCUUCAGGGCUUCCGUAUUUUCCAUGCCCGCUCAGCUCCAGACUCCGUCUCAUCCAUGGGUAUUAUCCUGUGCCCCGCGGGGAGGAGGGUGGGGGAGGGUUUCUGCGCCUGGAUUAUUGGUGGGAGGAGAGCAAGUGCAGAAAUGAAGCUAUGACUCUCGCAGAAGUCAUGCAUUCCGUUCAAGGAUAUUCCUGCCUGUAGCCUCCACACAUUGCCUCUGGCUGAGGCCCCUGAGAUUUUUCCGUGUGACCCGGUCACAUUGCAUCUGUAUAGAUUAUCAAAGCACCUCAUGACUGUGGAGGAGGAAGCUGGGGACAGAACAUGGAUCUGGAAGGCUCACAGCAUGGACUUGGUAGGGUGACACAAUGUCCCAUGUUCUUCAAGAAAUGUCUAGACUAGGUGAUUGAUUCUAUCGGAGAUCUGGCACAAUGCUCUUGCCACACAGAGGGGCAAAUUGAGAUCCAGAGAGAAGUGACUGGCCCAGGUCACUCAGCCAGCUGGUGACUGAGCUGGAAUUCGUUCCCAGGUCUCCUGACACCCAGUUCAUUCAUUUUUUGCACGUGUUU